AUGCAUAUUUUGGGCCGCAUGAAAGCGGAGAUCUUCCCUACCACCAUCCGAUCUCAGGGCGUGGCCUGGUCUCUCGCCGGGACAUUUCUCUCGACGUUGGUGUAUGUCGAGGCUGCGCCGACGGCCUUGGCAAACAUCAAAUGGAAAUACUAUAUCGUCUUCAUCUGCCUGACCUUUGUCAACAUCUGGAUCUUUUACUUUUGGUGUCCCGAGGUAAGAAAAGAGACUUCAUUCUCUUUUGACGAGGAUGUUACUGAUCCAACCAAAUUUCUUUCAAAGACUCGAGGCAAGUCGCUGGAAGAGAUCAAUGCUUUGUUUGGUGACGAAGUGGUGGUACAUUUUGCGGAUGCGACCGAGACGCAGAGGCACGAGUUAACCGCAAAGGUAUUGGCACAGGACGACAAACACGAGUUCGCCUCGGGGGGUGGAGCUAGCGUAGGAGAGGUGAGUACAAAGAUGGCGUUGAAAGUCUAA